AUGAGACUCACUCCCAUGAUCCUGGCCAUGGCCACAGCGGCAAUGGCAAUCCCUUUGACCCAUGACACGAACGUAAACCGUGGGGAAGCCGUGGCUGAAGCACCGGAGUAUAACCCUACACUUGAGCCGCAUUCGAAGCGUCAGGAUUACCCUCCUGCAUUCGAAGUCAAACCGCCGAAGCGUCAGGAUUACCCUCCGGCCUUCGAGGUCCCUCCGUCGAAGCGUCAGGACUACCCUCCUGCAUUCGAAGUCCAUUCUUCCGAGCACGCGACUGCUAAUAAGGACGCAUAG